AUGGGUGACUACUCGAAAGCACUUGAAUUUUACGAAAAAGAUCUUAAAAUCACGAAAAAAGCUCUCCCUCCGAAUCAUCCCUCAUUGGCUACUUCCUACAACAACAUCGGUGGAGUGUAUGAUGACAUGGGUGACUACUCGAAAGCACUUGAAUUUUACGAAAAAUCACAUCAAAUCCUCGAAAAAGCUCUGCCUCCGAAUCAUCCCAAUUUGGCUAGUUCCUACAACAACAUCGGUGGAGUGUAUGAUGACAUGGGUGACUACUCGAAAGCACUUGAAUUUUACGAAAAAUCACAUAAAAUAAAAGAAAAAGCUCUGCCUCCGAAUCAUCCCGGUUUGGCUACUUCAUACAAUAACAUCGGUCUCGUGUAUGGCAACAUGGGUGACUACUCGAAAGCACUUGAAUUUCACGAGAAAUCACUUAAAAUAAGAGAAAAAGCUCUGCCUCCGAAUCAUCCCGAUUUGGCUAUAUCGUACUGGCAUUUCGGCUCGAUAAAUGAGAAGAUGCAUAAAUAUUCAGAGGCGCUUUCAUUUUUAGAAAAGGCACUUUCUAUCUUUAAAAAAUCACUUCCACCUAACCAUCCUAAUAUUAAAACAGUCAAAAACUCAAUUGACAAUGUAAAAAAGAAAAUGUAA